AUGUAUUCGUUUGAAAAGAACGGACGACCUCAAUCACUCGCAAGUUUGGAUGCUUAUAAUUAUGACCACUCGUCUCAUUUGGAUUUAGAAGAUGAUCUUUAUCAGCAAGAAAAAUCUGAUUUGGAAAAGUCUCUUGUUAGAAAACUUGAUCUUUUGAUUCUACCUAUUAUCUGUGUUGUGGAUUUCCUUCAGUUUCUUGAUAAAUCAACGAUUAAUUAUGCGGCUGCCUUUUCAUUCAAGGAAGAUUUGAAUUUGGUAGGAAGUCAAUAUAGUAUGAUUGGAUCUAUAUUUUAUGCUGGCUAUUUGGUAUUCCAACUUCCCAACAAUUAUCUCUUACAACGUGUGCCAAUUGCAAAGUAUAUUGGUAUUAUUGUAUUUCUUUGGGGUGCCGUUUUGACUGCUAUGGCUUUUGGGAAAAAUUUUAGUCAAAUGAUGGCUAUGCGAUUCUUAUUGGGUUUAUUUGAAGCUGGUAUCUAUCCUUCUUUAACAUUGUUAGUUUCUACUUUUUAUCGACGUACUGAACAAGCUCCUAGAUUGGGCGCAUUCUGGCUGUGUAAUGGAUUUGCUUUGUGUUUUGGUGGAUUGAUUGCUUAUGGUAUUGGUAAUAUUGAUACAGUGAAGUUUAAAACGUGGCAAUGGAUCAUGUUAAUUAUGGGAAUAGUGACCUGUGUGAUGGGUGUGAUAUGUUAUUUCUUCCUCAUUGAUAAUCCUAAAUCCCCCGCUCUUGGUUUGAACGCAGAACAAUCGGUACUUGUGGAAAAGCGGACUAAGGAUAAUGCUGUCUUUCGUACAACUAUGAUCAAGAAACAUCAGAUUAUUGAAGCGUUGAAAGAACCUCGUUUAUGGUGUCUCUGUCUAGCUGCCAUGUUUUUAAAUGUACAAAAUGGUGGCAUCACAAUUUACAAUACCCAAUUGAUUCAUGCUUUUGGUUUUGAUCAAUUACAAUCCGUUUUAUUGAGCGCUGGAUCUGGUUUAUCAGAUAUCAUCUAUAUCUGCAGCUCAGUGUAUAUCGUCACUAGGAAAGAAGGUCGGGUGUUAUAUACUGCCAUGGGUCUCAUGUCAAUGGAUUUGAUCGGGCUUUUGUUGUUAUUGUUGAUCCCUGAUUCCAAACUCAAAUUGAUUGGGUUCUAUCUUUGUUGGCCAUAUGCUGCAACUUAUGUUUUGAUCUUGACAUGCAUCACUAACAACGUAUCUGGUUACACAAAGAAAAUUUUCUACAAUGGUCUCAUCACUAUCUUUUACACCAUUGGUAACUUCGCUGGUCCCUUUUUCUUGGUGGAUUCUCAAGCUCCUUCUUAUUACGGUGGUAUGAUUGGCUACUGUUGUUCCUGUUUCUUGUGUAUUGUUUGUCUGGGUUUAGCUCGUUUGUCCAUGGCCAGAAUCAACAUGACUCGUUCUAGACAUGCUCCUCAAGAAAGCAAACCAGUUGAAGAAGAUCAAACUGAUGCUGAAGAUCCUACCUUUAUUUAUCUCCUUUGA